CAAAACAGAAGUCAAGUGAGCUGUUGUGACGCUGCAAAGCACAGAAAGUGAAAUAGAAAGUUUUUCACUCAGCCGUUGUAGGAGUGCUGUGGGUGUAGUCGGGGGCUUUCUCAUCUUGGUUAGGGGGGCCGCUGCUGUGGGUUUUUUUUGCCACUCAUAUGACGUGCUCUUGGCGAAGUGGAAAAUUUGAUAACUUUCCUCAUAGCCUACACACUGUGACACUGUGUUUUUAUUUGUUAAAGCUAUUAGGCCCCCAUUUGUUCUGUACUUAUCCAGCACAUACUUUAGGCCCACAUUUUUAAGUCUUAUACUCACAGUUUGAUUCAUUUGUUGUUAUUGGUAUGUUUUAUUGAGCUCAUCAGUUGAUCAUUUGUAGUUUCUGCCCAGCCCUCUUUAGCACCUACAAAAAAAGUAUAAAAUAACUGAUUGCAUGCAAUAUAUGAGUUUCCACUGCCAAAAACAGUUCCUGUAAGUCAAGGACAUUGCUUUUAUAGUUUGCCAUACCAGAUUUUUUAAUAAUCUUGGCAUAUUGUAGAAACAGGAAACUUAAUUCCUCGUCAUUAUUAUGUGUCUUAAUCCAGCCUCUGGUAGCUCUCCAGGCUCUUCAUCUUUGUGGUUUCUGGUUCAUGCCAGUCUACUCUCUGCAGCCUACUUUUAGUACAAGUGGUUUCAGAAGAUUAUUACUAUGACUACAUUUAUAGUAAAGGCCCGGUAGCAGGAGUAAUAAAACAGCUAACAAAUUAAAAUGAGUCUUCACAAAGUCAAAUGUUAUUCAGUGAAUUACUGUUUAAUACUUUACUAAGUAAUGCCAAAUCAAACCUUCAGUCGAGCCGGGGAUUAGCGCGCGCUCCUGUCGCUUUAAAGGGAGCGCGCUCGCGGCAUUUAAAGUCGUCAGAAGUCCUGCGUCACUACAACAUCGCAGGCGUGAGUUGAGUUUACAUUCAGGGCACGGACUGAACACGCACUAAUACACACUCCAAACACACGCGCAUUACGAGCAAGCAGAAUAAUGGCGUCUGUGAGUGUGGUGGGGCAGCACCCGGGCACGCAGCACUUCAAACUGGCCGGCGGCAGGAAGAAAAUCACCCCGCCGAGGAAAUUGUCUUUGGAGAAGAUUCUGUGCAGGAGAAGUUCAGGGAACGCCGGGGAGUCCGCUUCGAUCACUACACAAGGGGCAUCGGAAACUCGUCCCUGGCCCCCUGGACCAGCGGGAGAAUCGGCCGUGAGAAGCGGAAUGAUGCCCGGCGAAGGAUGCGUAGCUCCGGCCGCCCCUGCUGCGCCACGUAGCCCGAACCGGGACAGACAGGAUGGCAGCACGGUCUGCGACAUGCGCACGGCAGCCGGGACUCGACAAAGUGGAACCGGGCUCAUCGCCAGUGACUGCAACAGCAACGUCGACUGUGACUCAAACCGUAACACAGGUGGUCGGAGGGGGACUUCGCUCAAGAGGUUCGGCAUCGGUGUCAUGCCAAACGGAUCUGUCGCCAAUGGAAAUGGAGACAAAGGAGCGCACCGGCAUCGGGACGCGCCACACGGGAGACGAGACACCUGGAGCGGAGAGAGCAGACGUCCGACCAUCUCCUCCUCCGAGCACGCACAAGGGGAAAGCAGAGGUCUCCCGCUUCAGCGGCUUACUCAGGGCAGGACUGGAGUCGUCAGGCUGGCCCGUACCGAGCCUCCCCGCAGGGAGGCCUGGUCCAUCUUCCCCCGGGGCGGGGAUCCCCGUGUGAAGGCAGAGAGGGGCGAAGGACACUGGUUUGAGACCAAGCCCGUUGCGCAGGACUGGUGUGACGCCUGUAGCCGCCAGAUCACUACACAGGCACUCAAGUGUCAAAACUGCAGCUACACCUGUCACCUGGAGUGUGAGAGGAAGGUCCAACUGGACUGCAACCGGAGGGACAGAGAGCCCGAGCAAGCUCCACCUCCCAGAAGCCACUGCUCCUCCGCAGCGCCUCAACACAAGCAGAAUGAAGCAAAAGAGGAAGAGGAGGGGGGAACCCAGGACCUGUCGGAGAAAGAGGUGCGGACAAGGAUAGAACAGUACAACACUCAAGUCUCUGAAAAUGGCAUGAAGAUGGCUUCAGAUGGAUCCUACACAGGCUUCAUUAAGGUCCACCUGAGGCUCAAUCGACCAGUCACAGUCUUCUCCAUGGAGCCGGUGGCCCCAGAGGGAGCAUCUAAGCAGACGGGUAGCUGCAAUCAAGCGCAGUCAGAGUGCCAGGAAGGGACGGAAUGUGUGCCGAAUGACAAGAGAACAUCCUUCUACCUACCAAGUAACUGUGCGAAACAGCUCCACAUCAGCUCUCUGACCACCACCAGUGAAGUCAUCCAGGGCUUGCUAAAGAAGUUCAUGGUGUUAGACAAUCCCCGCAAGUUUGCUUUGUACCGGCAAACACACCGCGACGGACAGGAUCUCUUCCAGAAGCUUCCUCUGGGUGAGCAUCCUCUUCUUCUGAGGUUGAUAGCAGGACCCGACCCUGAGCAGCUUAGUUUUGUCCUUAAGGAAAAUGAAACUGGGGAAGUGGAGUGGCAUGCAUUCUCUGUCCCUGAACUACAAAAUUUCCUGGUAAUACUGGAGAAAGAGGAAGCUGAGCGUGUACGGGCAGUGGAGCAAAAAUACGCCGUGUACCGACAGAAACUACAACAGGCCCUACAACAACAUGACCCCUGACCCCUCACCUGUUACCUUAUGACCUCAGCCCAGGAAGAGACUGAUCCUUCAACCCCUCAACACCCGCAGUCUAUUUAGAGACUGGAGCCGGAGCUGAACUUGUCUCCACCCGCCACAUAUACACCCAAACAUAAAGUACAUCCACACACAAAUGCAUACCCCUUCUCAGGACACAUACAACCCACCCCCACCCCCAAACCAGCCGCUACUCCACCAUCAUACAUACAUCCACUCCCUGAGGAGAGAACGAGGGGUUGAAAGCGACGUGAGCGGCUACAGGGUGUGUGGUCUGCUAGCCCAUUGGACAAGAAGUGCUUUCGUUGCCAAGGACAUACACACAGGAACAUCCCAGCAAGAGCUGAAACUCCUCCGACUUGAAGUAUAAUUUGGGACUGAUAUCAACCAGUGGUGUUUUUAAACAUUUCUUCUUCUUCUUCUUCUUCUGCUACUGCUGCUACUGCUACUGCAAGUGUUACUUAUGCAUGAGUGUCUCUCAGCUCAUCCCCCUGCACAUAGAGUUAGAAGUAAAACAGAAGGCAUGAUAACUUCUCUCAGCAUCUCUUUGGGAUGGAAAGACAAUCAUGUCCAAGUGUUCUUUAUAUUAUUGGAAUUGGAGUGUAAAGUUAUCACCAGAUUUUUUUUUUCCUGCUGGAAUAUAAAAUGUGUGGAUUUAUGAGGUUUAGAGUUAGGGUUGAAGGCAGAAGGCUGCAUUUCUCUUUGGAUGCUAGAAAAUGGAAAGAUAAGAAAGCGAGAUCCAUUCUCUGAUCUUUCUCAGGGAGCACAUGUUAAGCAAAUGAAAGGAGGAAAGACGUUCUACCCUUAUGCUACCCCAUUUUGAGCCCACUUUGUCCACAAUCUCACCCGUUUUUGUCCCAAUCAUUUUAUUUUCCCCUUUUAUAGUCAUGUGAAAACAUACUGUCAGGAUGCUUCACUGACAGAAAUUUUAGUCCAACCCAGUUUGCAGUCCUCCCCUCACACACUGUAACAUCUCCUCAGAUGUUGGCUGUGAUUUCAUCUUCCCUCCCUAAAUCCCGAUCUUUCCAACAUUGCACGAACUCGUACCUGCAGAUGAAGCCUACCAAACAAGGCAAGCCACAUACCUUUACAGACUUUACACUUUACUGUAAGAGUGAUCUGAUGCUUUUAUUGUGUAUGGGUUGCAUUUGAAUGUGAGAGGAUUUUUACACCAAAGUUUAGAGGGACAGAUCUAUUGAAAGGUUUUUAAAAGGAUAUGGAAGUUUAUAUAUUUAAAGGAGGUGUAUUUUUCUUUUUUCUAUUUUUUUUUUUUUUUUUUUUGCACAUAUAGGUGCAGGUCACUCUAUGGCUCUUUUAUCUCUCCACCUUCCACCCAAAAAAGAAACAAAUAUAUAUAUAUAAUAUAUAUAUAUAAUUCAUGAUAAUGGCUCUGAUGUACCAAUGAUGUGUUUGCAAUGCAUAUGUAUCAUGUAGACACUGGAAAAAGAGAAAAGGUUUAACUUUGUUGUUAUUAUGAUGAGUAUUAAUAUUCUUUCGGUAUCAUUCCUGCUGGUUUGUGUGUGUGUGUGAGAGAGUGUGUGCAUGCAUGUACUUGCAAUGAGAAUGAUGUGAAUAGGGUUUUAUGAGUGUGUCGUCAACCCUCUUUGGGCCUCACUCAUCCAGUACUGAAACAUGCAUUGCACAUGUAAUAUAAUACAUUAUAACUGCAAAUUACGUUGUUUUGGAAGAGAUAUUUGACAUGCAUGUACCAUAAAAUGAAUGGAUUUAACCAAAGCAUUUAGUGUAAACAUUUUCAUUUCACAUUCAUCUUUUAUUUAAUAUGAGAGAAAUACUGAUAAAUGAGGCCUGUUGUCCAUAAGCACAUGCUUCUCAGUAAACCCAAACCUAUUUUAUGUUUUUGAACGCCACCACCCAAAACCCAAGCUGUUCCUGCUGGCAGUGCCUUUGGUUUCAUGUGCUCCUGUGUUUCUUUGUAAGGUGUGUUUCUGCACACACGUGCCUGGGUGUAUGUGUGGGUAUUUUUGCAUGUGUGCAAAUCUGAGUUUCUUCUGUGAUGUUAUAUAUGUCAUUUUGCUUUCUUCCCUCAACCCUCAACCCAUUUCCUCUCCCACAAACCCUCUGUGUGAGUGUAUGUGUGUGUGUGUGUGUGUGUGUGCGUGCGCACGUUUGGAAUGUGUGUUAUUUAUUUCAUUGUCCACCUCAUCCAUAUGAUGUAAUGUCAAGGAUGUUGAGACUUGAUGCUUUUUUUGCAAUUUAUUUUGUUUCAGUUGGAGAAGUGUGUAUAAAUAUAGCAGUAGACCUGUACAGAAGAUCAAAGUGAAAUAAAGAAGGUCAUCACUUUA